AUGUUGACGGUUGAAAAGUCCUGGGUUAAUGUACAGCAGAAAACUUUUACUAAAUGGCUUAAUGACAAGAUCAAGGUUCGAGGCAUCUUGAUCGAUGACCUUGUGACCGACCUCUCCGAUGGCGUUAUCCUCAUCCACCUGCUCGAAAUUCUCGGCGGAGAAUCCCUCGGCCGUUAUGCUUCCAAACCCAAGCUUCGCGUGCAAAAAUUCGAGAAUGUCAACAAAAGUCUUGACUUCAUCAGAGGGAGGCGGAUCCAGAUGACGAAUAUCGGAGCGGAGGAUAUCGUCGAUGGCAAUCGGAAGAUUAUUCUGGGUUUGAUAUGGACGCUCAUCUUGAGAUUCACUAUCAGCGACAUCAAUGCGGAGGGCAUGACUGCUAAGGAGGGUCUUCUGCUGUGGUGUCAGAGAAAGACCGCUUGUUACGAGGGGGUAGAAGUCCGCGACUUCUCUACCAGCUGGAAUGACGGUCUUGCUUUCUGUGCUCUCCUCGAUAUCCACCGACCGGAUCUGAUCGAUUUCGACGCCCUGGACAAGAAUGAUCAUCGCGGGAACAUGAAGCUAGCGUUCGAUAUUGCGGCAAAUGAGAUUGGCAUUCCUGAUUUGCUAGAUGUGGACGACGUCUGCGAUGUUGCAAAACCUGACGAACGGUCGCUGAUGACUUAUAUCGCCUAUUGGUUUCAUGCCUUCUCUCAGCUGGAAAGGGUGGAAAAUGCGGGUCGGCGAGUUGAGAAAUUCAUCAACAAUAUGCAUGGUGCCUGGGAGAUGCAGAACUCAUACGAACGGAGGAUGAAAGAACUCUUGCGUCUAAUUAGAGCUCAGCGCGAAGGAUGGAAGAAUGCAUCGUUCGAGGGAACUUACAAAGACGCUAAAGAACAAGCUCGCCAGUUCUCCUUAUACAAGAGAAACGAGAAACGACGGUGGGUCGCCGAGAAAUCAGACCUUGCUGCUCUACUGGGUAAUAUCAAGACCAAACUCAGCACCUAUCGGCUCCGUCCGUACGAUCCGCCGGAAGAGCUACGCCUCGAAGUCUGUGACCAGGAAUGGGAGCUAUUGACUCGUGAUGAGCACGAGCGGAGCCAGCUCAUCAACGAGACCAUUCGGGACAUCAAGAACGCUCUACGCCGAUCCUUCGCGGACAAGGCUAAUGACUUUGCACUCACACUGAAGACCUUGUCUCUUGCUAUUUCUGGUCUUGACGGCGAUGUAGAGGACCAAUUAGAGCAUGUCAAGAGACUCAAUGGCAAUCUCCCUCCACUCGAUGCUUUCUUAGAAACAAUUGCGGAACUUGACGAACAGUGCGUCGAAGCGAAUAUUGAGGAGAACGACUUCACAACAUAUACCUUAGAUGAACUCUCUUACGAACUGAGCUUAGUCAAAUCAAGUAUCUCCAAGAAGCUCGCGUUCCUCGAGAACCAGCUAGUUGCCCGCAAUAUGACCAACCUGACUCCGAUCCAAUUGGAAGAGUUCGAAUCUGUCUUUAGACAUUUUGACCGUGAUUCAUCGAAUACACUUCACGAGCUCGAGUUCUCUGCGGCCCUCGCUAGUCUUGGACUUGUAUACGACGAGGAAGAAAUGCACCAGGUCUACGUCGAAACUUGUGGGCCGGCCAGGCUAGCGCAGAAUGCUGGCGUCAGCUUUGAGCAGUUCAUCCACUUCAUGGUCAGCGUGACGGAAGAUCAGCAUACUGCAGAGCAGGUCUUUCAAAGCUUCCGCGAAGUUGCGGACGGCAAGCCCUAUGUCACAGAACUUGAUCUCCGCCACUCGCUCAUUCCGGACGAAGUCAUUGAGCACCUUGUGCAGACAAUGCCGCUACAUCAAGGUCCAGAUCUUCUAGAAGAUCGAGACCUUCCCAAGUAUGACUAUAUCAGCUUCAUGGAAAAGAUGAUGGAGCAUAACAACAAGAACAAAGAUAGCUCCUCUGUCAACGGUGACCACUAA